AUAAUAUCUUCUCCCCCACUCUCUCUUAACCUUUUGGCUUCGCUAUUUCUCUGCCAGUCAAGUGGUUUCCAUAGAAAAUCGUUUUUCGCCGAAUUCGAAACGGAAAGAAAAGAAAAGCUUUGGGAGAAAUUUGCUGCAUCGAGCUUGCAAAUGGAGGUCUGGUUCUUGUCAGUGAAGCUCUGAAGGAUAUCGGUAUGAAUGGGAAGUUUACCUUGUGCUGAGACAAAAGCUUUAAGAGUUCUUUGAUGCAGGAACAGGUUGUCGUUCCUUUUCAUUAAAUUUGAUAUGAAUUUUGUUUUUGAGCUUUUGAUUUCUGUCUGGGGGCUGGAGUUUGGAGGUAUGGAUCUAUAUUUUUCUAUCUUAACUUUUUGAAUCACAACUUUGCUUUUAUUACGAAGUGUAGGUUUUUGUCAUGUAAAGUCUGUUAACAAUUACCGUAUGCAAAUUCUGAUUUACUCCCAUGAUAUUUGUGUGGGUAUAAAUUUGUUUUGGCCUGUGGAGUAUGCUCAGGUAUAGGGUAUUUUUUUUGUUUCUUUCAGAGUUAUUAUAAAAGUAUCAUAAAAGUACUGACUUGACUGAUGGAUAGGGUUGUUAUUUGCAGAAAUUGAUAGUUGAAGUGCUUGAGAUGUGGGGAAUCCAUGACUCACCUGACGAGGGUGUUGCAUUUGUGUGUUAAUUCCUCACAAUGUUUUUUCAGUGUGGUUGAUAUAGGCUGGUCCAAUGAACAAUAAUGUUGGGAAAGGGAAAAGAGGUUUGGCAGAACGUAAUCAUAUGAUUUUUGACAAAAAGAGCCUCAAUUUUGGAGUAGCCAAUGGAGGGGUAAGUUCUGGAUCAUCAACAGAAGAUGACCCAAGAUUUAAUAAGCUGAAUCAAGAUGGAAACAAUGGAUUGAAGGGUCUGAUUCAAAUCAAUGGGAGCUUGCAGGUUUCACAGCAACCACCUCAAGGGCCAGUCAUUUGCUGGGAUAGAUUUCUCCCUGUGAGAUCAAUAAAAGUUUUGCUGGUGGAAGAUGAUGAUUCAACACGCCACGUUGUGCGUGCUCUUUUUUGCAAUUGUAGUUACGAAGUUACUGCUGUUUCCAAUGGUCUUCAAGCCUGGAAAGUCCUAGAAAAUCCAGAAAAUUGCAUCGGUCUGGUCUUAACAGAGGUAGCUAUGCCAAUUUUGUCUGGAAUAGGUCUUUUGUGCAAGAUCAUGAACCACAAAACACUGAAGAAUAUCCCUGUGAUUAUGAUGUCGUCUCAUGAUUCUAUGGGUAUCAUCUUUAAGUGUUUGUCAAAAGGUGCUGUUGACUUUUUAGUGAAACCUAUUCGGAGGAAUGAACUUAAAAAUCUUUGGCAGCAUGUUUGGAGAAGAUGCCACAGUUCUAGCGGCAGUGGGAGUGAAAGUGCGACCAACUUCAGAAAAUCUACGAAGUCAAGAAGUAAUGAUGCUUCUGAAAACAAUAGUGACAGCAAUGAGGAGAAUGACUAUGGAAGCAAAGGCUUGAGCAUUCGAGAUGGAAGUGACAAUGGAAGUGGCACUCAGAGUUCGUGGACUAAAUGUCUGGCUCAAGUUGGCAGUCCUCAUCCACUUUCACCACAUAAACAAUUGGUUGAUCCCCCUGAUAGCACUUGUGCCCAAGUGAUGCAAACGAAGACUGAAAAAGCUAGUUGUAGAUGGGUGCAUGCAACAGAAAAGGAGUGCCUUGAACUUAUUGAUCAUCUUGAUGAUGUUGCAAUGGGCAAGGACUUGGCUGUUGGAAUAUCUUUGAGUAUGCAACUAGAGCAUCGACUUGAGGGACUGUCUAGCAAUCCAAUGGGUAAAGGGGCAAAUAAAAUGUCUGAUGAUGAUGAUAUGCAGAUAGUUAAAGGACAGAGUAAUGCCUGUGAAAAAGGAGAAAUGGAAUGCAAUGGUGGUAAAACCAGGACACAGGAAAACCAGACUAUGAAUGUUAUUGAUGUUACUGAUAGCAACAGUCCACAGGCUGAAAGCAGAGACUUGAACACUCCAAAUGGGUUCUCUGGUUUCUCACUAACGAAAGAAAACUCUUGCCCCAAAGAGCAUCCAUCCCUGGAACUAACUUUGAAAAGGCUGGGAGAAGUAAGAGAUCCUAAAAAUGUCACGGGUGAAGAAUGCAAUGUUUUGAGACAUUCAGACCAAUCAGCAUUCUCAAAAUAUAAUACUGCUUCUUCUGCUAACCAGGCUCGAACAGGAAAUGUAGGAAGCUGUUCUCCACUGGCCAAUGGCUCAGCUGCACCUAAUGCAGAGGUAAUAAACAACUUUCCAUCUCACUCAAAUGUCACUCCUCCAAACCAGCAAUCUAAUGGGAGCAACAACAUCAAUGACAUGGCCUCCAUUAAUACAUAUCUUGGCACCAAACCUUGUACUUUUGACAAGAUGCCAGAGUCUGUAAGAGGUUUGGGCUCAUUUAAUUCCUCUGAACUCCGAACAAUACGGAACAAUAGUAUCUCUUCGUCUCAGAAGAAAACCUAUGCCCGGGAAGAAUAUAUGGAAAUUGUUAGAGGACAAGUGGGAAGCUCUGAACAUGAAUUCAAAGCCGAGCACACUCAUUAUGAGCUUCACCAUUAUAAUCACAUUUCCCGUAAAGCGGCUGUAGAUCUCCAAUCAGAUCAUGAUCUCUUACUCAAAAGAUCAACCAACACUGCUCAGCAAUGUGUAUCAUCAAAUGCGUUUGGAGGGCCAGCAGAAAGUAAUGCUGCAAACUACACAAUAGAUGGAAAUGCUGGGGAGAGUGAUCACGGGAGCAAUGGACAUGGGAGCAAUGGACAGGACGGAACCAUGACAAUGAGGACAGUAAAUGUGGAAAAUGGCAAUGUGGCUGUUGGGAGCAUUGGAGUUGGUGGCAUUGAUAGGAAAACCAUUGGGAAUGGGGCAGAUGAAGGACGACUUUCAUUGAGAGAGGCUGCUUUGACCAAGUUUCGUCAAAAGAGAAAAGAAAGAUGCUUUGAGAAAAGGGUUCGAUAUCAUAGCAGGAAAAAACUAGCAGAACAGCGGCCUCGUAUUAGGGGACAAUUUGUUAGACGAAUAGUGUCUGAAGCCAAAGAAGAAAAAGAUCACCAAAGUGACAACCUGGUACCUGGGGAUAAUACCGACAUUCCUCAAUAACACCAGCCAAAUGCUGGCCAUUAUUUGACUGAUUCUGUUCCAGUAGCGACCUCCAGCUUCUUGCUUGUCAGACUAGUCCUUCGCACAAUCACCUAGGAAGGAGCUCGGAAGUUUGUGUAGUGGGAACCUGUGAUUAGGUAGUUUACCUUUACCUCUGUUGUUUUGAAGAACAGAUAUUUAAUUUGAACCUUCAGGACAACUUUCUAUAAUCUGAUCUUGGUUGUGUGAACUUGAAAACUCCAAAUGGACCCAUGGAAGUGGUUACCUUUGGAUAGGUUAACCUCUGAUGAAAUAAAAUUUAUCAUGUUAGCUUUUA